AUGAUACGCGUGACGUAUAACUAUGUACUAGCUUUUGUUUUAUUUAUUGCGGUUACAAACGCCGAUUCGAUAGAAGAUCGCUUUCGUAUACUUUAUUCAAAGAAUAUUAAGUGUGACCAUAAUAGAUCCUUAAAUCUUGAUGUAAGUGAAACACGUGUUUAUUUCUAUGAUUUCGUCAACAACAUAAAUAUUAGUAGCAGAAUUGACAAUGCAGCUGAUUUAUUGCGAAAGUCUGUUGCACUAGAUAACAGUAGACGGGUCAUUGUAUUCGUUCCUGGUUACAAGAGCCAGAUAAAAAGAGUUCUUGAGGAGUUAAUGAGACAAACCUACAAAAGUGUACCUAAUAUUUAUCUAAUAAUAAUAGACCAUUCAGCUUACACUUACGAAAACAAAGAUAAAUUUCAAAGCUACUCACGUUCUGUACAAUAUGCGUACUAUAUUGGAACCUCUUUGGGAAAGUUUUUAGCUGAUUUUUGUGGUAGAAAAGUCCGACCAGACAAUGUUCACUGUAUAGGUCACAGUUUGGGAAGCCAUAUUAUUGGGUACGCUGGUGAAACAUUCACGAAUAUAACAAACGAAAAGCUAUGGCGAAUCACAGGCUUAGAUCCUGCUGGCCCAUGUUUUUCUAGGAGUCAUGUCGAGGAUCAUAUACGAUCAGGCGUUGGGAAGUAUGUUGAAGUGUACCACUGCAAUGCUGGCUAUUUGGGUACGACAAGAACGAUAGCGGAUACGGAUUUCUUUUUCAAUUACGAAGGAAAAAUUCAGCCAAAUUGUGAUGAAGGUGACAAUCUUGAAGAAACAGUAAAAUGCUAUCACAAAGCCUGCGUCAAAUAUUGGACGAAAACCGUUCAUAACCCGGAAUUGUAUUUGGCUCGCUCCUGUCCUUCAUACAAGGCCUUUUCGGAAGGUUUAUGUGAAGAAAACGAGACGACAAUAGCUGGCUGUUAUAACCCUGGUGAUGCAAGAGGGAUUUUUUACGUCUCCACCAAUACAACUCCUUGA